GAAAGAGUUUCUAGUUUAUAUCGAAAGACUUUGUUAAACUUUUAGGAUUACGCUACUAUAGGCAAGAUAUCCUUAAAACAGUAUUCUUAAAUAACAUGCCUCAAGUAUCACAAUUCCAUAAACUUCAAACAUGAUUAGAAUAUAUGUGUGGUUGAUAUUGAAGGAGCGCUCUCUAGCUAGUUGCCUUGUAAGAUUUAUCAGAGAAAAUGUAGGGAUAUUUGUUGGCAAUGGCUAAUCCCUUGCAGUACAAGUCCCCUAAUAAGAUCUUAGACGUACAGAUAUACAUUCUCUUGUCUUCAAAGCAAAAACAAAACAUAACAAAUCAUUUAAUAUACUCUUAGCAUUUAAUCAUUAUAAGAGGUGCCUCAAACGUGUACUCUGCUCUCUCUCCUUCUCCCUUUGGAAAUAUUGAUCUAUCUUUAAUUUAAAGUGCUGCUUCCUCUCUCAUCUUUGAAAAGUUACUUGUAAAGUCUCCUUCCUUGAGCUUUCAAUUGCAGGACUAAGAAGAAGAAUGAAGAUAAAAUUUCGUCCAGCACUGAGAAAAUAUUUUGCAUGGAAUGAGGCCCAAAGCGGUAAACCAGCCCACAUGGAAUUGGACCUCAGAGAGGAAUAUGCCCAUGCCUUUCGAACCGAAUCCUACGCUGACUUUUGGACACGGGUCCUUGCUUUAGCUGAAAAAAUUUCUUCCCCUACCAAAAUUGUCGGCUCCACUUCAGCGGCUCGGCUUCCCUCUUACCGCCUUUUCGUGGAGCAUCUUUUGGAUCCGGAUCAACCCACAGUAACUCGGAUUUUGGGUUUAAUCCAAACCCACAAGGAAACUCACUCUUUACUAUCCGAAUAUUUCUCGCAAACUGCUGAAACUUCUUUACUUUGCAGUCUAUUACUAAAAGAUGUCCAACGUACACGUUCUAGAUAUAAAUCACUUAAAUUUGCCCUAGACUCCCUCCAAAAACCACCUUAUUCGCAUGUGAACCCUAUACCCAAGAUCCUGACACGAUUAACUAAAUUUUGUAACUCCCUUAACCCACUUGUUUCAUCUACAUCCUCUCCGCUCCGGUUUAAAACUGUUCAAGCCAAUUGCUCCCAGUUGCUAAAACGGCUUGAGCUUAGGCGAGACAAGACCAAGGACAAACUUCAAUUCAUCAACAAACUCAAACGUGGCGCAGCCGUUUUUCUUGUGGCUUUGACUGUCUCACUCACAGUGAUUGUAGCGACUCAUGCAUUAGCCUUGCUAGUUGCGGCUCCUAUGGUAAUGGUAACUUCAUUCCAGCUGAUGUCAACUAAGAAGCUUGCUAGCUGGUCGGCUCAGCUGGAUAUAGCCGCAAAAGGGACGUACAUACUAAUUAGAGACUUGGACACUAUAAGUCGGCUAGUGGGUCGGCUAAAUGAUGAAUUAGAAGAUUUGCAAGCCAUAGUUCGGUUUUGGCUUGCGAGAGGUGGCGAUCCGCUUCAGCUUCAGCUACAAGCCAGUGGGGAAGUGGCGCGCCAAUUGAAGAAGAAUUAUGCAAACUUUGUAGACCAAUUGGAUGAAUUAGAAGAACAUUUGUACUUGUGUUUCAUGACUAUAAAUAGGGCUAGAAACCUUGUUAUUACAGAAAUUAUGAAUUCGGGUCCAUAUUUGUUACCCAAAGAAUAGCUAACUGGGAUUUGAAACAAAAUUUAAUUUCAUGUUGUUACUCAUUUUUUUUUUUAAAAAAGAUAGCCACUGUU